GCUUUCAAGUCACCAUUUGAAUUGUUGAGUUCAGGGAGUUUAUGCCUGAUAUGUGGGAGGAAAAAAACGGUCAAUUUGACUGUUCCGUAGAAGCUCUCAGGAAAAUUGUACUAAAUGGUUAAUUUGCGUAGAGUUUUGUAGCUUUACCAAACCGACAUAGCGGCUAUCUUAGCUAGCAUUCUUUCAUGGCAUCUUUCCAACUCACCUUAUUUGUUGUGAUAUCUACAGCGAUUCAGCAGGUCCAGCUAACAAGCUAGCUAACUGAUGUUCAGUAGGAAACAUAGCUACACAGACAUAGCUAGGUGAACGUGCCGGGUGCUUGCUAACUUCUCUAAUUUCGUGCGUCCUUGCGAUUUAAUCGAAAUUGUUUCUCUGACGAACUGUUUUCUAGCCAACAAACAAUGCAUUUCUACAACAAGUCUAAUGUUUAUUGCAUGAAAUUGACAAGAAGAAGAAGAUAGCUAGCUAACUUCGCUGGCUAACACCGCCUGGCUAGUUUCAGCUUGCUCGUUUUUGGUAACGUUACUCUCUUUGUUUUGACAAAGGACCUGAUAUUUUUUUUCUUCCAUAUUUGGAAUAUACCUGGGACAUUUUUGUAUUUCCUGGGCCAUGUCUCCCCAGAAGCACGGUUCUUCUGACGGCGGCAACAACGUAUCGAGUCCGGUUGUGGGAUACGUUGGUACCGGUGGCGGCAGAGCGAACGGCCGUGUCUACCACCACCAAACAACUGCAGUUGUGGUGCCCGCAGCCAAGAAGCCGAAAAUGGAACUGGUUCAAGCCGAUCAUGAGUUGUUCUUGCAGGCAUUUGAAAAACCGACCCAGAUCUACAGGUUUCUCAGAACAAGGAACUUGAUAGCGCCUAUAUUUCUGCACAGAACUCUCACUUACAUGUCCCACAGAAACUCCAGAACGAACGCCAAACGGAAGUCCUCCAGGGUGGAUCACCUGCUGUACAGAGUGGAGAAGAAGAGGGCUGAGCAGAAGGCAAACAGCCUGGCUUCACACCUACAACUCACCUUCACUGGGUUCUUUCAUAAAGUCGAGAAGUCAUCAGUAGACUCAGAGAAUGAGCAGAACUCUGUUUCUCUAGAGGUGCUGCUGGUUAAAGUCUGUCAUAAGAAGAGGAAGGAUGUGAGCUGUCCAGUGAAGCAGGUUCCUACAGGGAAGAAGCAGGUGCCUCUGAACCCAGACAGCAGCACUUCCAGCAGUCAGAACAAGCCAGGCUCCUGUCCUUCUCUGGUGGUGUCCAGUAGUGAGUUUGAUGCCAGCAACGGCCACACGGUCAAGUCCUACUCCCUGUUGUUCAGAGUGUCUGGACCAGGCAGGACGCAGCACAACGGACUGGUCAAUGGACAGACCAAUGAGAAAAUAGAGGAUGUGUGUAACAGGAAGAAGAGAAGCUCCACCGUCAGACAAGAAGAAGUGGGAGAAACAACGUUCGUAGCUCAGAUGACUGUGUUUGAUAAGAACAGGCGUCUGCAGUUGUUAGAUGGAGAGUAUGAGGUGUCUAUGCAGCAGAUGGUGGACUGUCCUGUCAACAAGAAGAGAGCCACCUGGGAAACGAACCUGGAUGGAAAGCUCCUCCCUCCGUUUGAGACGUUCUCCAAGGGUCCUACUCUCCAGUUCACGCUUCGUUGGACAGGCGAGCCCAGUGAUAGGUCGACGGCCCCUGUGGCCAAACCCCUCGCCACGCGGAACGCUGACGCUAGCAGCCUGACCUCCGACCCUAGGCCCUGCUCCCUCAGACCCACUCAGACCGUAGCUGUGAUAGACUCCUUCAGCAGUACAGAAUUUCAGAUGAGACGAGAACACACACUUGAGGAACAAAGUGACAAUCUACGCAUAUUCUACCAGUUCCUGUAUAACCACAACACACAGCAGCAGACCGAGGCUAGAGAUGACCUCCACUGUCCCUGGUGCACUCUGAACUGUAGGAGACUCUACAGUCUCCUCAAACACCUCAAACUGGCCCACAGCAGAUUCAUCUUCAACUACGUGCCCCACCCUAAAGGAGCGAGGAUAGACGUGUCUAUUAAUGAGCGUUACGACGGGGCGUACGCUGGGAAUCCUCAGGAUAUUCACAGUCAGCCCGGCUUCGCCUUCAGCAGGAACGGACCCGUCAAGAGAUCCCCUGUCACACACAUCCUCGUCUGCAGACCUAAGCGUGUUCUCCCCCCCAGUCUGUGUGAGUUCCUGGAGGCUGAUGGAGAAGGAGGAGAGGGAGACCAGCAGAGAAUCAUCCCUGGUCACAACCGCCUCUACUUCCGCUCAGACAGCUGUACCCCCAAAACACCCCAGGAGGUAGAUCACGACAGUGAGGAUGAGACGGACCCCUUCUGGCUCCGAGAGAGGACCAUCAUGCAAAUCCAGGAGUUUACAGACGUGAACGAUGGAGAGAAGGAGGUGAUGAAGCUAUGGAACCUUCACGUUAUGAAGUAUGGCUACAUAGCAGAUAACCAGAUGAACGGAGCCUGUCUGGCAUUUGUGGAAGGUUGCGGUGCGUACAUUGCCAGGAAGAACCUCUGUAGGAACUUCCUGUUACACCUGGUCAGCAUGCAUGACUUUAAACUGGUUACCACGACAACCAUCAACCAGGCCAUGACACGCCUCCGACACAUCCAGCAGACCCAGCGGCAGGAAGGAGGAGAGGGGGAUGGAGGAGAGGAGUCUCAGUCUGAGCUGCAACCCGACUAUGCCACAUGUAAUGACGACCACACGGAUGGUAAGAGUAACCAUGGUAAUGGCCACACGAAUGGAAACGGCAUCGGCGAUGGUGAUGAAGCUGGUUGUGCUGUUGCUGUGGAAACAUCCAGGCCGAGCAAGAGGCAUAAGUUCUGAGUUGCCCUCCGGCCCUCUCCUGGAGGAGUGAUAAGUAUCUAAAAUGAUGCCCGGUGAUUGGCUGAGUGGAGGGUGAAAGAGGGUGUGGUGGUGGUGAUUGGAGGGAAUAAGAGAGACUCAUGAUGACAUCAUUCCAAACAAGCACUGUGUGUUGGGUUUACCGUAUAGAGGUGGUGGGCCAGAAUCAUUUAAGGUCAUUUGGACACACACACACACACACACAGUCCCACUGGUUAUAGCAGGGAAACCUUCAUCUAGUGUUUUCCCAUGUCUGGUUCUUCAGUCUACCUUGAUGUCAUUAGACUAACGUUACAGUGACCAUGAGUUCUGUAAACACAUCACUUCAGCAAUAACUUAUUCUGAGUCCCAACUGGCACCAUAUUCCUUUAUACUAGUGUGCACUACUUUUCACCAGGCCCUGCUAUAGACUAGCAUUCUGUCCAGGAGGUGUACUUGUACAUCAAGCCGUCUGCUAUAGACUAGCAUUCUGUCCAGGGGGUGUACUUGUACAUCAAGUUGUCUGCUAUAGACUAGCAUUCUGUCCAGGGGGUGUACUUGUACAUCAAGCUGUCUGCUGUAGACUAGUAUUCUGUCCAGGGGGUGUACUUGUACAUCAAGCUGUCUGCUGUAGACUAGCAUUCUGUCCAGGGGGUGUACUAGUUCAUCAAGCUGUCUGCUAUAGACUAGCAUUCUGUCCAGGAGGUGUACUUGUACAUCAAGCUGUCUGCUGUAGACUAGCAUUCUGUCCAGGAGGUGUACUUGUACAUCAAGCUGUCUGCUGUAGACUAGCAUUCUGUCCAGGGGGUGUACUUGUACAUCAAGCCGUCUGCUAUAGACUAGCAUUCUGUCCAGGAGGUGUACUUGUACAUCAAGCUGUCUGCAAUAGAUUAGCAUUCUGUCCAGGGGGUGUACUUGUACAUCAAGCCGUCUGCUAUAGACUAGCAUUCUGUCCAGGAGGUGUACUUGUACAUCAAGCUGUCUGCUGUAGACUAGCAUUCUGUCCAGGAGGUGUACUUGUACAUCAAGCUGUCUGCUGUAGACUAGCAUUCUGUCCAGGGGGUGUACUUGUACAUCAAGCUGUCUGCAAUAGAUUAGCAUUCUGUCCAGGGGGUGUACUAGUUCAUCAAGCUGUCUGCAAUAGAUUCGCAUUCUGUCCAGGGGGUGUACUUGUACAUCAAGCUGUCUGCUAUAGACUAGCAUUCUGUCCAGGAGGUGUACUUGUACAUCAAGCUGUCUGCAAUAGAUUAGCAUUCUGUCCAGGGGGUGUACUAGUUCAUCAAGCUGCCUCACUACAGAAGCAGGAGGUGGGCUCCUGCCCUCUGGGCCGUUCUGGCUGAUACAAGGCUUACUUAGUACUUUUGGCCGAGGCCCAUAGGGCCCUAUAUAGAUCAGUGGUUCCCAAACUGUUUCACUCAGGCCCCUCUUCCAGCAUUGGGGAACAUCCAUUUCUAUGGGCACAAGCACUGUUCAUGACAAACUGUUCACACCCCUAAAAUGUUGCAGAUUUAAAGCUUAUUUCCUUGCAAUUAUAUACAUUUUGCCAUGUCUAAUGUGUAUUCAUGUGAUAUUUGAGUGACACAAAAAUGAAUGUCUAGGGGCUAAAAAAACGUUGAAAAAAACGUUAGCUGACAUGGCAAAGAGGAACUGAUGAUGCAAUAACCAGUUUCUACACGUCACCUUGUGCAUUCUACUAUUACAACUUUCAACAGUACCGUAAUUUCCAGACUAUUGAGCGCACCUGAAUAUAAGCCGCACCCACGGAAUUUUUUUAAAAGUAUUAUUUUGAACAUAAAUAAGCCGCACAUGUCUAUAAGCCGCAGGUGCCUACCGGUACAUUGAAACAAAUUAACUUUACACAGGCUUUAACGAAACACGGCUUGUAACAAAAAAAAUUAUAAUUGCAGUAAACAGUAGUCUACCAAGAAAGUCAUUUCCUUUCAAAAAAAAUUGAAAGCGGGAAAAAUCCAUAUAUUAGCCACGUCAUUGUUUAAGCCGCGAGGUUCAAAGCGUAGGAAAAAAGUUGCGGCUUAUAGUCCAGAAAUGACGGUAAGUUGAAAGCUGGACUGAGUUCCUCCUAGGGGGGCGCGCCCCACAGUUUGGGAACCACUGAUAUAUGGAAUAGGAUACCAUCAGUACUGUGUCCAUCCUCACUGGUCCAACCUACUUUAGCACCUGUCUUGUCUCCGGUGCCUGUUUGAGACAGACUUGGGUGUCUGUGCACUAGAUAGGAAAUAGGGUGCCAUUUGGGAUAUUUGCUUUGGGACAAACUCGUUUUUAAAAAAUAUAGUUCAGUAUAGAGACGAACCGAAAAGACUUGGGUCGUCUUCACUUGGGAUGGACUACCUGAACAAUAUAAACGCUUGUUUUCGUUUUCUUUUGCUAAACGUUUUGCUACAGUGUGCACUAAUGAAUACCACCCUGAUGACGGACAGACUGCUGAAAUGUAUUGUUAUUUUUUUAUAAGGGGAAUGGUUGGUUGUAUGAUGAUGCAUUCUGAAUUUGAACAUUUGAUUGUUGUAUGUUUAUUACUAUGGUGGUCAUUUUGAGGCUAAACUUGAGGACGGUACGCUGGUCUGAAGUCCAGCUCUUGGAAACAGUGUUGUUGGACUGGAAGGUGUCUGGCUCAGGGUGGAAAGAUCACUUUACCCACAAUCCUAAACUAAAUGUGUAUUGCUAUCAGACCUCUGUUUAAAUACCAUUUGGAGUUAACGUUUGCUCUAGCCUGCCUGGAGUGCUAGAUGGGAGGGGAGUUGCAGUUUUGGGACUAUUCUAUUGGUCCAUUUAAGCCAGGCAAGCACAGAUAUAGUAUUUGAACCCAGGUCUGGUUACCACUCAGUCAGUCAGGAUCCAAUGGUGCUACUAGACAGAUGAUUCAGGCCCUCAGCGAGCACUGAUCACAGUCAUCUGUAACCUUUUGAGGUCAUUAGGUCAAGGUUCAGUUACACUGUAUGACCACAUUCAUCAUCAAGCUGAAACCGUGCAGCACCCGCAUCCACUCACUGCUUUGGGGAGUGUCCCGAAUGGCUCCCUAUAUAGUACACUACUUUAGACCAGGUACCAUAGGGUAGUGCACUACUUAGGGAAUAGGGUGCCAUUUGGGACGUACUCUUACUAUGUUGGACUAAUUUGGCAAGGUCAGUGUUGACGUCUUCAGAAAGGUGACAUGUUGACCUGCUAGACAUAAACUAUAGUAAAUAUCAGCACUCUGACAUUAGUGGGGAGUUAAAUGUUGACUUUCCUGACCAAAGGGAGUUGGAUCUGCUGCAGAUUUUCUACUAUUUUCCUCAUCUGUGAAACUGUCCCAAAUAGCAUCUUAUUUCCUAUAUAUAUAGUGUACCAUAGGGCCCUGGUCAAAAGUAGUAUGGACCACAGGAGGUUGGUGGCACCUUUAAUUGGGGAGGAUGGGCUCGUGGUAAUGGCUGGAGUAGAAUGGUAUCAAACACGUGAUUUCCAUGUGUUUGAUGCCAUUCUAUUGGCACCGUUCCAGCCAUUAUGAGCCGUCCUCCCCUCAGCAGCCUCCACUGGUAUGGGCCCCUGGUCAACAGGAGUAUGGGGCCCUGGUCAACAGGAGUGCACUAUAUAGGAAAUAGGGUGUCAUUUCAGAUGCAUCCGUUGCUACUCCAGUGAUGGGGUGGAUCUUUUCAGGCGUGAACUUGAAUUGCAAUCAAUCAGGACCCAAACAAAGGAAGCUGUUCCUAGGUUCUGUAGCUGUGUGCAGUAUGUUGACUAGGGUCAUGCUCAUUUGACAGAAAACGUUAUAAAGCACUCAAACGAGGGAGUUGGAGGUACUAUCUGUACUAAUCCAAUAAAACGUAUCUUCUGUUGCAAAAUGUUUUGCUACAGUGCGCCUCAAUGAACAUGACCCAGGUUUGUGUAUCCGUCACUUCAGGAAAGAAGAGCAACAUUUUGCUCUAGCGAACCCAGAUAAGGAAAACAGGACUUUGUACACCAACAUCCUAAAACCAGCUGGAUGUUGGGAAUUUAGUAAUAAAGGAGUCAUAGAAAAUGUUUUCUAUUUAAAAGAAUAAAGAUGUUUUGUACUAUUACCA